UUCCAUCGGAUCCCAUGACCGCCCCCCACCCUUCCCUUCUCAGCAGAGGCUACUGGUUGAUUGAAAGAAUUAGCGCCAAACAAAACCUAAAUUGGACGGCGAGCUGGGCAUGGAGGAGACCAUAGCCUUCAAGAACCUCCAUAACAGAGAAUACCAAGGCCACAAGAAGAAGGUGCAUUCGGUGGCUUGGAAUUGCGUCGGUACGAAGCUCGCUUCCGGUUCCGUCGAUCAAACGGCUCGUGUUUGGCAAAUCGAGCCUCACGGACAUGGAAAGGUUAAAGAUAUUGAACUGAAGGGGCAUACUGAUAGUGUGGACCAGUUAUGUUGGGACCCCAAACAUGCUGACUUAAUAGCUACUGCUUCGGGUGACAAGACAGUUCGUCUAUGGGAUGCUCGUAGUGGAAAAUGCUCACAACAAGCUGAACUUAGCGGUGAGAAUAUCAACAUUACCUACAAGCCUGAUGGUGCCCACAUAGCUGUUGGGAAUAGGGAUGAUGAACUGACUAUACUGGAUGUGCGGAAAUUUAAGCCUAUCCAUAAGCGAAAAUUCGGUUAUGAGGUAAAUGAGAUCGCUUGGAACAUGACAGGAGAUAUGUUCUUUUUGACAACUGGAAAUGGCACUGUUGAAGUACUAGCAUAUCCAUCACUUCGAGCAGUUGACACCCUUAUGGCUCAUACAGCUGGUUGCUAUUGUAUUGCUAUUGAUCCAUUAGGAAGAUAUUUUGCAGUUGGAAGUGCUGAUUCUUUAGUUAGUCUUUGGGAUAUCAAAGAGAUGCUUUGCGUGCGAACCUUUACAAAACUUGAAUGGCCAGUCAGGACUAUAAGCUUCAACUACACAGGAGAAUAUAUUGCUUCUGCUAGUGAAGACCUCUUUAUUGAUAUAUCCAAUGUUCAAACUGGACGAUCUGUCCACCAAAUACCCUGUCGAGCUGCCAUGAACAGCGUUGAAUGGAACCCGAAAUAUAAUUUGCUUGCAUAUGCUGGAGACGACAAAAACAAAUAUCAGGCUGAUGAAGGUGUUUUCCGAAUAUUUGGGUUUGAAAGUGCAUAGGAUACCAGCGACGGCUAAUUUGGUGGUGUUGCCUUGGAAUUACAUUCCAAGAGCUAUACCAAAUGGGAAGAGAUGGAAUCAGCAAGCACUUUUAACAACAGCCCAUCUAACGGGGUGUGAUGGAAAAAAAAAAACUCCUCUUGAGGGGUCAUAAAUAUGUAGUGUCCAAUUAGUGGGCAAUGGACAAUUGUUUUGUUAGGCCUAGCGAGUGGUGACAUUGCAUGCAGAAUAUGCCAAUAUGUGCAAGGAUUUGAGCUUUCUUUCCUACAUAAAUAAAAAGGCUUAUGGCUACAAUUCGUAGCGGGACAUUUGGUAGGAGGAUUAAUGGAGAGAGAGUACAAAAACAUUUUUGUUAAUCAUUUUAUAAUUUGGUAAGUAAAAGCACUUCUUUCAGUUAUGAGUGGAA